AUGUAUGCUACUUCAGAUGACAUAGAGCGUCGUUUUCAACAUAUCAACAGUAUGAGAGGAAACACCCCCCAAAUCUCAGAGAUAUACUCAGAAGAACUACGAAAAUUAAUCAAAGAAAUGCUCAGCUGUGACCCUGAAGACAGACCUUCAGCUGAUGAGAUUUUAGCAAAACCAUUCCUAAGAGAUGCUGUAAACAGAAAUAGGAGAAUUCCAGAAGCACUGGAACGAAGGUUCAUGAUGUCCUUAAGGAUCUUUGAUGAGAACUACAAUGAGCACUACGAUCAUUUUGAGGCCUUAGUUUCAGAGUGGGGAGAAACAACAGCUUCACUAGAGGAGGUUCAUCAUAAAUGUACUAUAGGCACUCUGGCAGGUUCAGUGAUUGGAGCAGCAGGAGGAAUCACUGCAGUGGUUGGUGCGAUUUUGGCUCCUUUCACUUUUGGAGCAUCUCUGAUUGUUACAGGUGUUGGGAUUGGAGUUGGUGUUGCAGGUGGUGUAACAGGUGCUGCGUCCAGUGUUACCAAUACAGUCAAACAAAAAUCACUCCGUGAGAAUAUUCAAAGAAUUCAGCAGAACUUUACAGAUGUGACACCACUUCUCGAGUCACUGAAUGCACUGAGAAGGGUACUGAGAGUAAUCCAAAAGUUCAGGGAUUUUGUCAGUGACUCCUCUGAAAACGUGCAAAUGUCAUGCAAUGUAGACAGAACAAGACUAGUGUGCGGUGCAGAACUCCUGAAUAUCGGUCUGCUGGCAAAUGUUGGCAGAAUUGCUGCUCAAACCACUAGAGUAGGACGCGCUGCAGCAGAGGCAAUAGUCGCAGUCACAGGAGUGUUGAGUGGAAUCCUAGUCAUUGUUGACACCGCAUUCAUAGUGAUGGAUUCUGUAGACAUUCACCAGAUGAGACAGGGACCAGUAGAUGAUCCAGACAAGGUCAAGUCAAGUUUACUCAAGUCCAUUGCUCAGAUGAGGAAAAUACAUACAGAUAUUUGCAAUGUCUUAAAGGAAAUUAAAGAAACAAGAGAGAAACUAACAGACUUAUAUAGAAGUGGCCAGGGCUGAAAGAGAUUUAGAGAGUUCAAACAUAUGAUACAAGUCAGAGACACACAC